AUUUUCGAAUAUUUGGAACACCAACUACUUCUCCCUUCCCCUUCUUUCUACUUUUUACCACGAAUCUCCAAAUCGCCACCUUCAACCUCCUUUCAUCCGCCGUCUCCGCCUCCUCCGGCCGCCGCACGACCCCUCCUUUUUCACUUCGACAAUGGUUUCCUGAAAGAAAAAUUACCCUCCUCCCUCCUUCUUCGGUGGUUUUUGGCCGGAAUAAAAAUCGCUUUACAUUCGCUUCUCGGAGGUUGACGGCGGCGAAGCAAUGGGAAUGAAACGAGGGAAGAUCUUUAAGUCGUCGUGGCCGAGGGCUGUUGCAAGGAAGUGGCUCAAUUUUCCGGCCGAUAAGCAAGCUUUUCCGUCCGAUUUCGUUGCCCAAGAGAGGAGGAUGAGCUGCUCCGAUCUAGACAGCUGCGCCGUCGCGCCGGAAGAUAUUGGAGUUGAAAGGUGGUCAAUAGAGAAGACACGUGGACUUAGAGUUAACCCCAGCUGCAGUGAAUCUCUCGACUUGAGGAUGCUUGUGGGGACAUGGAAUGUUGGAGGAAAGGCACCAAAGGAAGGCUUGAGCUUGACGGAUUGGCUCAAUUCUCCGACCCCAAUUGACAUUUAUGUCUUUGGGUUCCAAGAAAUCGUGCCUCUAAACGCAGGCAAUGUGCUUGGGGCGGAGGACAGUGGGCCAGCUGCCCAAUGGCUAUCCCUCAUCCACCAAGCGCUCAACACCGACGGCAUCGGUUCUCCGACAUCAAACAACCAGCAGCAAGUACCCCAGAAGCCACGGCAGAGUUUCUCAGACUUGCUCGCUUUAGAAGACGACAAUUGGAGUGGCGAAACCGGGAUGUGCACGCCGGGUAAUAAACCAAUGCGGCGGCGACAGUAUUGCCUUGCAGCAAGCAAACAAAUGGUGGGAAUUUUCUUGUGCGUGUGGGUUGAAGCGGAUCUUUACAAACACGUCUUGAAUUUGAAAAUCUCCAGCGUUGGGAGAGGCGUGAUGGGGUUCCUUGGCAACAAGGGAUCUGUGUCUAUCAGCAUGACAUUGCACGGAACAAGCUUUUGCUUUGUGUGCACACAUUUGACCUCUGGGGAGAAGGAAGGGGAUGAGUUGAAACGAAACUCUGAUGUGACUGAAAUUUUGAAGAAAACUCGGUUUUCACAUUCUUGCAGAGCUACUUCUGGAGCUCACCCACUCCCUCCCGAGACCAUAUUGGAUCAUGAUAAGGUCAUCUGGCUCGGGGAUCUGAAUUAUCGGCUUUCGACAGGCUGCGGGGAAACAUAUGAGCUUCUUAGGAACAACGAUUGGCAGGCACUUCUAGAGAAAGACCAGCUAAAGUUAGAGCAGAGGGCUGGUCGAGUGUUCAAAGGGUGGGAAGAAGGACGAAUAGAGUUCGCUCCAACUUACAAAUACAUCACCAAUUCAGACCAUUACGUUGCAUUGACCUCCAACUCCAAGCCAUCCAGAGAGAAACGCCGCACUCCAGCUUGGUGCGAUCGGAUAUUGUGGAGAGGGGUUGGAAUGAAGCAGCUGUGGUAUGUACGAGGGGAGUGCAGAUUCUCAGAUCACAGACCUGUUUACUCUCUGUUUUCAGUCCGAGUCGACUCGGCAGCCACCAACUCGAUCAAACUGUCGAUCGACGCUGCCUUGCCAUCAUUAUGUGCAGUAGCCAAAAUCCAAGCUGAAGAGCUGUUGCUCAAGGCGGAGACCAUCGACACCUCCCUCCAGUAACUCUGUAACUCGUUCUGUCACUGACCCAACAGCUGAAAUUUUAAAGCUGCAAGCUCAAGACAAGCUGUCUGGCCCCCAUCGAGCAAGCAGCAGGUGGUGGCUGAUAUGGCACUUCAGUCUGCCCAUUCUUUUAUGGAAGAUGUGAGCGUCAAGCUCAAAGUUUUGGUAUAGUUUUUUGAGAAAUUUGUAGAUAUUAGGACUGUGGAACGUCUAUGGUAAGAUUUGCAUAUUCUUACAUGUUUAUAUUUUAUAGCAAGCUUC